UGAGUAUUCCUGGCGAAGCUGACAUACAGUCAAACAACAGGGAUGAGUAAUGGCAUCGGUACGGGUGGCUGUACGGGUCAGGCCCAUGAACAGAAGGGAGAAGGAGCUGGAAGCCAAAUGCAUCAUCGAAAUGGAGGGGAAUAAAACCACCAUUACUAACCUUAAGAUACCAGAGAGUUUGACUGGGGACACCUUGAGAGAGCGAAACAAAACCUUCACUUAUGAUUUUUCCUAUGACUCGGGUGACUGCAAAAGUGCCAGUUUCGUCCCUCAGGAAAAGGUUUUUAAGGACUUAGGCUCGGAUGUGCUGAGGGCAGCGUUCGAAGGCUAUAACGCCUGUAUCUUUGCCUAUGGACAGACCGGCUCAGGGAAGUCCUACACCAUGAUGGGAAACCCUGGCGACGAGGGUCUUAUUCCGAGGAUAUGCGAGGGCCUGUUCAGCCGCAUUUCGGGAAUGACGCGCAGGGACGAGGCCUCUUUCCGGACGGAGGUCAGCUACCUCGAGAUUUAUAAUGAACGCGUGAGGGAUCUACUGAGGAGAAAAUCCACUAAAACGUACAACCUGAGGGUGAGAGAGCACCCCAAAGACGGCCCGUACGUGGAAGAUCUGUCCAAGCACCUGGUGCAGAACUAUAAUGACGUGGAGGAGCUGAUGGAAGCUGGUAACAUCAACCGCACCACGGCCAGCACCGGCAUGAACGACGUCAGCAGCCGCUCCCACGCCAUCUUCACCAUUAACUUUACACAGGCGAAGUUUGAUACCGAGAUGCCUUGCGAGACGGUCAGUAAAAUUCACCUCGUCGACUUGGCCGGGAGCGAACGGGCCGACGCCACGGGGGCCACGGGCGUCCGUCUCAAAGAGGGCGGGAACAUCAACAAGUCCCUGGUUACCCUCGGCAACGUCAUAUCUGCCUUAGCUGACAUGACGCAGGAAGUUGGGAACAGCCAGGUGAAGAAGAAGCAGGUGUUUGUUCCAUACAGAGACUCUGUCCUUACCUGGCUCCUCAAAGACAGUCUGGGUGGGAACUCCAAAACCAUUAUGAUCGCAACUAUCUCUCCUGCGGAUGUGAAUUACGGGGAGACUCUGAGCACGCUCCGUUACGCCAACCGAGCCAAAAACAUCAUCAACAAACCCACGAUUAACGAAGACGCCAACGUCAAACUCAUCAGAGAGCUCAGAGCGGAGAUCGCCCGUCUUAAGGCCCUGUUGGUCCAGGGCAAUCAGAUUGCGCUUCUUGACUCGCCUACUGCCUUAAGCAUGGAGGAGAAACUCCAUCAGAACGAGGCCCGGGUGUUAGAGCUGACAAAGGAAUGGACAAACAAAUGGAACGAAACUCAGAAUAUUUUAAAGGAGGAGACUCUGGCCUUGAGGAAGGAGGGCAUCGGGGUGGUGCUCGACUCAGAGCUGCCCCAUCUCAUCGGCAUCGACGACGAUCUGCUCAGCACGGGGAUCAUCCUCUACCAUCUAAAAGAGGGGAGAACGUACGUAGGCCGUGAGGACGCUACCACUGAACAGGAUAUUGUUCUGCAUGGUCUGGAUCUGGAGAGUGAACACUGUUUGUUUGAGAAUCAGAAUGGGACAGUGACUCUCAUCCCUCUGAAUGAAGCCCAGUGUUCAGUUAACGGCGUUCAAGUCACCGAGCCCUGCCAGCUAAACCAAGGUGCCGUCAUUCUGCUCGGUCGAACAAACAUGUUUCGUUUCAACCACCCGAAAGAAGCGGCCAAAUUACGAGAGAAGCGGAAGAGUGGUCUGCUGUCCUCUUUCAGUCUGUCCAUGACUGAUUUGUCCAAGUCCUGUGAAAACCUCUCGACCGUUAUGCUCUACAAUCCAGGAUUGGAGUUUGAGAGACAACAACGAGAAGAGCUGGAAAAAUUGGAACAUAAAAGGCGUCUGAUUAAGGAGAUGGAGGAGAAGCAGAAGUGUGAGAAGGCAGAGUUGGAGCGGCUACAGCAGGAGGUGGAGUCUCAGAGAAAGGAGUCUGAGCAGGUGCAGCUGCGCAUCCGCAGACAGGAGGAGAGCCUGCGCAGACGCAGCCAAGACAUCGAGAGCCGUCUGCGAGACCUGCUUGCGGAGAAAGAGCGCUUUCAGGAGGAGCGUCAUCGGGAGCAGCAGGCGUUGGAGCAGAAGAGGAGGCGCCAGCAGGAGCAGAAAGAGGACUUGCAAGAAGAAGAGGAGGAUGAGGAGGCUGAGCGGGCAGAGAAGACAGAGAUCUUCCGCGAGCUGGAGCGGUUGAAACGGGAAAGGGAGGAGCAGACAAUGAAACUCCAACAGGAGAGGAGACGAUUGGAGGAGCAGGAGAAGGAGCAGCUCAGCCUGGUAGGGAGACUGGAGGAGCAGCUCAGGGAAAGGAGCGAGGAGGCAGCCACCCUUCUCACUCCUGAGGAGGCACGGCGACUUCAGGAGGAACGGAAAACGCUGGCGGAGCUCCGCGAAGAUCUCCUUAGGGCAAAGGAGGCGCGACUGGAUGGGGAGGAGGGGAGUGAGGAGGCCAAAAAUGCCCAAGCCCGUUACACCCAGUUUAAACAGAAACAGGUGGAGACACUGGGAGAACUUGAAGAGGGACUGAUGCAGCAGAAGGAGAGGUUAGAGAAGGAGUUGACCAGUGAGCGUGCCUCCCUAAAUCUCCUAGUCCAGGCACAUAAGGAGAGACAGAGACAGGAGACACAGGAGAAAGGAGCACAGGAUGCCUCCUCUCAGGAGGAGCAGCGGAUCCAGCAGGCAGAGCAAAGGCUGCAGUUUAAGGAGAGACAGUUGGCCAAUCUUAAGGAGAACCACCUCCCUACCAUUCUGGAGGAGAAACAGAGAGUUGUGGAGCUGCUGGAGAGAGUGGCCAGAGGAGAGGACUCGGGUGGUGUGGGUGGACCUCUUGUACUGGAGAGCUCACAGGAUCAGGUGGAAAAAGAGUUGGAUGAGACCCUCUAUCAGGUGGAGAAGGAGCUGGAGGAGAAGGAGGAGCGCCUGACUCAGUACUCUGCCAGCGCGAAGCAGCUGCACCAGUUACAGCAGACGUACGAGUUCACGGCCAACGUGGCACGGCAGGAGGAGAAGGUGAGGAGGAAAGAGAAGGAGAUCCUGGAGUCGAGGGAGAAACAGCAGAGGGAGGCGUUGGAGCAGGCCGUGGCUCGGCUGGAGAGGAGGCACUCCGCACUGCGGAGGAGCAUCUCCCUCGAGCCGGAGGCUGAGGAAAGCCGCAGGAGAACGGUUUCUAUGCCUGGACACACAGCGCGGGGAGGAACCGGAGGAGGUGGCGAGACUGGGAUCGGAGAACAGGAACUGGACCAAGAGAGAAUGGAGCAGGAAAUCCAGCAGCUGAAGCGGAGGAUCAGUCAGACGGAGAGCAGUGGGUGGGGCCUGUCAGUGGGCGGAGAAGAGAAGAGCAGUGUUAACAACUCCCCUGUCAGCCCCAUACAGACUCUGCCUACAGUCCUGCCACUCAGUGAUGACAGGUUAAACGCAUACAUUGAAGAGGAGGUGCAGAGACGACUUCAUGAGAAAAUGAAUUUGCUGAAUGGAGACAGUAGCAUUGAGCUCUCUCUGUCCACAGAGUCUCUCAAGGACAACGAUAGGAACCGCAUCGAUCAAAGGAGACGAAAAUAUGAGCAUCGGCUUGUGACCGUGCCUCUGGACCCCAGUCCUGAGCGUCUGAAGGACCCAGUGAAGAUCCAUAUACCUCGCUACGUGCUGCGUGGUCAAGGCAAAGACGAACACUUUGAGUUUGAGGUCAAGAUCACAGUGCUGGAUGAGACAUGGACGGUGUUCAGACGCUACAGCCGCUUUCGAGAAAUGCACAAAUCGCUCAAAUUAAAAUACCCAGAGUUAGCAGCCCUGGAGUUCCCUCCUAAAAAACUCUUUGGAAACCGUGACGAGAGGAUGGUUGCCGAGCGACGGAAUCAGCUGGAGAGAUACCUGAGGAACUUCUUUCAGGUGAUGAUGUCAUCGAACUCUCCCCUCAGAUCAAAUGACAACGAGCUCAUCCUGUCCAAACACACAGUCUGCAACAUCUCACCGUUCUUCAGGAAGGGCGUCUUCGACUACAGCAGUCACGGAACUGGCUGACAAAAACACACACACACAGACACA